ACUAAUGGGAAGGAGAACACGACUGUCUUUAAGAUUCAGUUUUUUAUGUACUGAAAGUCUUCACAGCCAUUCCUUUGAGAUCAUGGCCUACUAUGAUGUCCUGGGGCCUACACCUUCCACAGAUUUAAAACAUCACCUUUACCGCAAGCUAUACCUCUGCAAGGACAGUGACGAGGCCCAGCUGUGUGCCUUGGCCCUUUUACCAUACCAAGUGGAUUUCGUCAAGGCCUCUGUCGUAAGGCUGAAGGAGCUCAUUCGUUUAAUGAUACAUUGGCUCCAGACAUCAUUUGCCAGCCCCACUGAAGAGAACAACAUUUAUAGGUCUGCAAGAAGAAACUUAUCUAUUAAUGUAGCAGAAAAAUCAUUCUACGACUUAAAAAGAUUUCGGAGACUUCCCUCCUCUUACUCAUUGGAGCUCCUCACCAUAUAUAUCUGGGAACAGGCGGAGAAGCCCCUGUCUUUCAGCCUGUUGCAGGGAAUGAGGGCAGUCUUCAAACUUCUGAUUCAAUAUGCAGAUAUCGACGUGGUUUGGCACAGACACUACCAUCGCAAGUUCCCCAUUUUUGUAAAAGUUAACCAGAAGCGUACAAGGCCAUUCAUUUUAGACCCUGUAAAUCCUACUGUCAACGUGUGUGACACCUGCAAUGCCUGGGAUGAAGUUGCCCAUGUGGCGAAACUCAGUUUACGGAAGCCUCUCUUCAGCGGAGUGAGAGCUGAGCCCCCCUGGCUUUUCACAGAUGCCUGGUGAACUGGGUGAGGAGCUGCUUACUGUCCUUGCGUUUCUAUGGAGAAAUAAAAAGGGUUCAAAACAUAUUGCCGAGAAGAACACUCUGGAUGAAAGGCAAUGUGAAAAAAAUUGUCUAAAUUUAAUUCACCACUUUAGUGAAC